AUGUCACCGGCCAUCGGAACAUCAAGCAGAAUCCGCCACAUUGUUAGAGUCAGACAGAUGCUAUGUCGUUGGCGUAGAAGAGCCACCUCUUCAUCAUCAUCUUCUCGAAGAUUGAUGGCAAGCGAUGUGCCGGCGGGACAUGUCGCGAUCUGCGUCGGUAGUAGUUGCCGGAGGUUUAUCGUGAGAGCAGCCUACCUGAACCACCCUAUGUUCCAGAAGCUUCUAAGGGAAGCCGAAGAAGAAUACGGCUUCUGUAACAAAGGUCCAUUAACGAUACCUUGUGAGGAGUCCGAGUUCGAAGAGAUCCUCCGGUUCGUUUCCCGGCCGGAACUUUAUACCAAUAACAAAUCAGGCCGGUUCGUCAAUCUCGAGGAAUUUCAGAGAUUUUGUCACGUAAGUUACGUAGCGGAAUCUAAGCCGCUGCUUCAUGGAUCCGUGUACUAA